AUGGGUCUCGCGUUCACGAAAAUAUGGCAGCGUCUGAUCGGGAAGCAGGAGAUGCGCAUUCUGAUGGUCGGCUUAGAUGCGGCUGGUAAGACAACCAUUCUAUACAAACUGAAGCUGGGCGAAGUGGUCACCACCAUCCCUACGAUUGGCUUCAAUGUGGAGACUGUGGAGUACAAGAACUUGUCAUUCACGGUGUGGGACGUUGGUGGUCAGGACAAGAUUCGCCCUUUGUGGCGCCACUACUACCAGGGCACCAAUGGCUUGAUCUACGUGGUUGACAGCAACGACCGGGAUCGCAUCGAGGAUGCCCGUGAAGAGCUCAACAAGAUGCUGAACGAAGACGAGAUGCGUGAUGCGGUGCUUCUGGUCUUUGCCAACAAGCAGGACUUGCCGAAUGCAAUGACAGCAGCAGAAGUCACCGAGAAGCUCGGCUUGCACAACUUGCGUCAUCGUCAGUGGUUUAUCCAGUCCGCAUGCGCCACCACGGGAGACGGCCUGUACGAGGGUCUGGACUGGCUUUCCCGGACGUUGUCCUCGAAGCGCUAA